GAUUAACCGAAACAUAAAAUAAACUGCGAAAUCUUAGAGCGAAAAGACACCCAUAUCGAUCGAAAAUAAUAUACAGGAUUUUCCCAGCACAAUGGAGAGUAAUUAAAUUCGAAAUUCGAUUAGCAGCUUCAUGAAUCUGUAAUAUCGCCCGGAGACGAUGGCUCCUCCAUAUCAGCGAUCACCUUCUCCUUCUCAACCGUCUGGUUCACGCGAUGGAGUCAAUAACUGAAUGUCUGCAUGUGAUUGAUUUUUUGAAUCAGCGUUGAUUGUAUUGAUUUUGUUACGCGGAAUGUGUAUGAUGUAGCUGGAGUGAGGUUGAAGAGCUUACAGAAAUGAAUGCGGUAUUUAAUUUGGUGGAUUGAACUCGAGACCUACUUGAUGCAAGUUUUGGGGUUAAUUGUAAUUUGUGUUAUUCAGGAAAGGAGAAGUUUCUGACGUGAAAUCGCAGCUGAGGCAGCUGGCAGGGAGCAGAGCUCCAGGAACUGAUGAUUCGAAGAGGGAUCUUUUCAAGAAGGUUCUCUCUUACAUGACAGUUGGGAUUGAUGUGUCCUCGGUAUUUAGUGAUAUGGUGAUGUGUUCAGCGACAUCAGAUAUUGUCUUAAAGAAAAUGUGUUAUUUGUAUGUUGGGAACUAUGCAAAGUACAAUCCGGAUCUUGCACUUUUGACGAUUAAUUUUCUUCAAAGGGAUUGUAAGGAUGAAGAUCCAAUGAUUCGUGGAUUGGCAUUGAGGAGUUUGUGUACACUUCGUGUGCCAAAUUUAGUGGAGUACUUGGUGGGGCCAUUGGGAUCUGGAUUAAAAGAUAAGAGUGGUUAUGUGAGGAUGGUUGCAUCUAUCGGGGUUGUGAAGUUGUAUCAUAUAUCUGCUUCAACGUGUGUGGACGCUGAUUUCCCUGCAAUGCUUAAGCAUUUAAUGCUUCAUGACCAAGAUGCUCAGGUGGUUGCAAACUGUUUAUUUUCACUACAAGAGAUAUGGACCUUGGAGGCAAAUACUUCUGAGGAAGCAUCGAGCGAAAGAGAAGCACUGCUUAGCAAGCCAGUUAUAUAUUACUUUUUAAAUAGGAUCAAAGACUUCAAUGAAUGGGCACAGUGUAUUAUUCUUGAAAUGGUGUCCAAGUAUGUACCUCCAGACAGCAAUGAAAUUUUUGACAUAAUGAAUCUUCUUGAAGAUAGACUUCAACACGCAAACGGAGCUAUUGUGUUAGCAACUAUCAAGUUGUUUCUACAACUUACCUUGGAUAUGACUGAUGUACAUCAGCAGGUUUAUGAGCGCAUCAAAGCUCCAUUGCUUACUCAAGUCAGCUUAGGAAGUCCGGAGCAGUCCUUUGCAGUUUUGAGCCACUUGCAUCUAUUGGUCAUGCGUGCACCAAUGCUAUUUUCUACAGCUUACAAACACUUUUACUGCCACUAUAAUGAGCCGUUCUAUGUCAAGAAACUGAAGCUUGAGAUGUUGACGGCUGUUGCAAAUGAGAGCAAUACUUAUGAAAUAGUGACAGAAUUAUGUGAAUAUGCUGCCAAUGUUGAUAUUCCUAUGGCUAGGGAAUCAAUUCGGGCUGUUGGAAAAAUAGCCCUCCAACAGUAUGAUGUUAACGCAAUUGUUGACAGGCUGCUUCAGUUCUUAGAGAUGGAAAAGGAUCAUGUGACAGCUGAAACUUUGGUUCUUGUCAAAGAUCUUCUUAGAAAAUAUCCACAAUGGAGUCAUGACUGCAUUGCAGUGGUUGGAAAUAUCAGCAGCAAAAAUAUCCAGGAACCUAAAGCCAAGGCAGCUCUGAUAUGGAUGUUAGGGGAGUAUGCUCAAGACAUGCAAGAUGCCCCAUAUGUUUUGGAAAGUCUGGUUGAAAAGUGGGAGGAUGAGUGCUCAGCGGAGGUCCGUCUGCAUCUGCUCACAUCAGUAAUGAAAUGUUUCUUCAGAAGACCUCCAGAGACUCAGCAGGUCCUUAGAGCUGUAUUAGCAGCUGGUAUCGCUGAUUUCCAUCAGGAUGUUCAUGAUAGAGCUCUAUUUUAUUACAGGCUUCUGCAGCAUAAUGUAUCUGUGGCAGAAGGAGUUGUUAAUCCUCCAAAGCAAGCCGUUUCAGUUUUCGCUGACACUCAAAGUAGCGAGAUAAAGGACAGGAUAUUUGAUGAGUUUAAUAGUCUCUCUGUUGUAUACAAAAAGCCAUCCUACAUGUUUACUGAUAAAGAAUAUCGAGGACCAUUUGCAUUUUCAGAAGAAUUCGGGAAUAUGUCUAUUGGAGUUGAAAGUGAAGAAACUGCAGCUUCAUCUCAGAGGGUAGAGGCCAGUGACAAGGAAUUACUUUUAAAUACUUCAGAGAAGGAAGACAAGGUUCUCAGUAACAAUGGUCCUGCAUAUAGUGCUCCUGCAUAUGAUGGUUACUUAGAUACGGCUGCUUCACAGGUUCAGUCAGAUCUUGUAUCUUUAGAACCCCCACUGCCAUCCCAUCCCCCAAAGACUAGCUCUGGCAUUGAUCUGCUCAGUCUAGGACUGUCAAUUAAACCUACCCCUGCUCCUACUGCUCCUACACUGAAGCUUAAUGCUAAACCUGUGCUUGAUCCGAACACUUUUCAGCAAAAAUGGCGACAACUUCAAGUAUCUGUGUCACAGGAAAUCUCCAUAAGUCCACAAGGAGUAGCUGCGUUAGCAAAUCUGCAAUCCCUUCUACGUCACAUGCAGGGCCAUUCCAUUCAGUGCAUAGCUUCAGGUGGUCAAUCCCCGAAUUAUAAGUUCUUCUUCUUUGCACAGAAGUCAGAAGAGUCAUCAUUAUUCCUCGUAGAGUGCAUAAUCAACUCAUUGACCUGUAAAGCACAGUUGAAGAUAAAAGCAGAUGAUGAGAGCUCAUCGCAGGCCUUUUCAACAGUGUUCCAAUCAGCUUUGUCUAGCUACGGCACGUCUUAGACAUUCAAUUUAAGAAAUUUGGAGUAAUUGUAGAGUUGAGUGCUAGCGAUCUUGAUCAUAGAAUCUUAUAAAUUCGAGUUCCGGGUC